GUGCGAUUCCAGUCUGGCUGGAAUAGUGACAGUGGUAGUACGCUCGUCUUGCUUCCCAGUAUCUCUCGUGUUGGGACCCAUUAAGUUAAAGGCUUUGGAAACUUAACGGCGUCGCGGAAUACCAUCAAGAGCCUGAGAGAUUCAAUAAAUGGUUACCUUUCCUUCACACACAUUUGCUCUAUCGGUUUGAUUGGCUGUUCUUGACUUGAAAAUAUCUUUGACGGAUUAAGAAAAGUAGCAAAAGAAUUGGACUCUGAGUGCUGUUUCAAUUGUGUAAUAACGUUGAAUUGACUUUUGUGUUUAAUUAGGCACACUGGUCGUCUUGCUCUAUUGGUGAGAGUUGGAAAAAAAUAUUUACGCAUUUAUAAAGAAAGUCUAUUUAGAUAAAAAGAAAAGUGAAGACAGAAAAAAAAAGAAUGUGAGCCACUCACUCGAAAGGUUUAAGUUUUUCCUCCCAUAAAUUCCAGACUCUGCGAGGGGGAAAUAAUAGAGAAUCCAUAAAUCUUCUCCCACCUGUUUUCCUUUCUCUCUGUUCGGAAAUGUCCCAGGCCGGAGGGAGUGUGUCGUUAAGUUACAACGGGAGAGAAAUUCUCCUAAAAUGUCCCUGUGGUUACUCACCAUGCGAGGAUGCUUAACGCCCCGGUGUAAACGAAGUGACUGACUGACUGGCUCAGAAUCGGAUGACAGUUGGAUUAAAAAGUGGAUUGCCUGGAAAGACUCAAAGGAAAAAAAAGGGGGGUCGGGGAAUAAAGGGAAAGUGGCUCCUCCUCUGAAAUCAUCAUCAUCAUCAUUAAAAAGGUUGUCAUUAUGAACUAUGACCCAUUCCCGCCGUCAUAAUCCUGGCGCUAGGGCAGUGGUGGAAACGAAGAGCGUUUCGGCGAUGGAUGCCACCAUGUAAAUAUGGGAGAGGGACGCCAGAGCAUUCCAGCCUCACGCAUGGCCCAAGAGAUGUGUAAGAAUGCCAAGAAUGCCAGCGUUUUGAGGACUCUCAUCAGCUUUCUGUUCCUGUCGUUGACAUGGGCCUCGGAACCUGUCCAGGCCACAUCUUCUCAUGGAGGAUAUGGAGUACCGAGAAUCAUCGAACAUCCAGAAUCUCUUGUCGUGGCAAAGGGAGACCCUGCCACUUUGAAUUGCAAAGCGCUAGGGAACCCUUAUCCCAAGAUUACUUGGUUCAGGGAUGGCGUGGAGGUGACAACCUCGAGCCAGGACCCUCACAACCACCGGGUCAUCUUCCCUUCGGGUUCCCUGUUCUUCCUUUCCAUCAAGCAAGGGAAGAAGGAGAGUGACGCCGGCGUCUAUACUUGCGUAGCAACCAAUUUCAACGGGAGGGCCACUUCCAGGAACGCCACUUUAACAAUCGCAGUUCUCCGCGAAGAAUUUCGUGUCGCUCCAUCGGAUGUCACGGCGACCUCAGGCGAACGAGCCCAGCUGAUGUGCUCUCCUCCCAGAGGUCACCCGCCUCCGGAACUCACCUGGUCGAGGAAUGGUCACGAGAUUGACCCCGAGGAAGAGCCUGAGAGGGUUCAGAUACUCGAAGACGGUACCUUAGUCAUCAAGGAGGUAUUGCAGACUGAUGAAGGGGAGUACGUGUGUCACGCCUCCAACCCUGCGGGCAGACGCAGCUCUCCUCCUGCCAUUCUCGAUGUCAUUGUGGCACCCUUUUGGGUGAAGGCCCCACGGGACGUGGUAGGCGUCGCCGGCGGCGAGGCAGAACUGAGCUGCCGGGUUGGCGGCGACCCCCCUCCUGCGGUUACCUGGAGGAGGGUGGGAGGUCACAUUCCAGUGGCCCGCAUGCGGAUGGUUAUGGACCGCGGCCUGAGGGUGUCGCAUCUGCGGCCGCAAGACGCUGGAGUGUACGUCUGCAACGCGGCCAACAGGGCGGCCACCAUUUCUGCCAACGCCUCGCUCACCAUUUACAGUGCCCCGAAGGUCAGCGAAGUUCCUGGCGACGUCGAGGUGGAAGAGGGAGCUCCCCUUCAUCUUUCCUGUGCUGUGGAGGGCUAUCCAACGCCUCUUGUCUACUGGACCCGAGAAGGGUCCCAGAAGGUCCUGCCUGUCACCCGCACUCCUUUGGAGCCUACCGAGGGUCAAGAGGAGGAGGAAGAAGGCAUCGAGGGCGUCAGGAUAUCCUACUCAGUCCCAAGAGUCGCGCACUACCAUUCCGGGCGCUAUGUUUGCGGAGGCGUCAAUAGCGCUGGUGGAGUCAUGACGCGGGUGGGCGUGAGAGUCCGGCCAACGCCCCUUUUACCUCCGCCCAUCAUAUCGGUGCCACCUUCCAAUCAGACGUUGCCUGCCCGAGGUCAUGCGGGGCUCACAUGCCGUGUCUGGGGAUCGCCUGAGCCCAAGGUCACCUGGCGACAUCGGGGCAAAGUCAUCACCUCUACCAAGAGGAGGGAAAUCCUUCCGGAUAAUACCCUCUCAAUUAGUGAAUUAGUCGAAGACGAUGGCGGAGAGUAUGUUUGCGUGGCGUCUUCUCCCCGCGGAGUCACUGAGGCCAGGGCUACGCUGGUUGUGACCCCUCCCUCCAACCUUGAGGUGGUAUUCGUCAGGGCCCCUGACCCCGAUACGGCCCCAGGUCCCCCUGACACUCCCACUGUGACCUCUGUCAAUGCUUCGGCCGCUACCCUCCUGUGGGAUAUCCCUUCAAGACAAGGAGCAUCUCCCGUGACGGGCUACAGCGUGGAGUACUACAGCAGCAUGGAAGGCUCCUGGAAGGUAGCCACCGCCCAUAUAGCACGCACCACGUACACCCUCUCGCCCAUAGACCGCGCUGUCAGAUACGGAGUUACUGUGCGCGCCCACAACUCCCACGGCGUAUCCGAGCCCUCUGGAAUAGCUGAGGUCAGCGGGAGCAUGGGCUGGGAAAAGAGCGGGGAGGAAGAGGCCAGCGUAAGGGAAGCCAAAGUGAUACUCCAAGAGGCUGUCUUCUCCGGAGCGGCAUCGGCCAAACUCCUGUGGCAGAUGAGUGGAGAGAGCAACACUGUUGAGGGGUUCUACAUCCGCCUCCAUCACGUGUCACGUGAUCAGCAUCAGCCGAGCCACUUGGUCAGUUCAGAAGGAGAGAAGAAUAAGGUUAAAGAGACGGACAUCCAAGCAGAGACGAAACUCGAGAAUUUCACGGUUGUGACGGUCGUGAAUGCAGGACGAGGGGCGUCUUCCUAUGUCCUGCACGGCCUUCACCACUACAGGUCGUACACGGUGUUCCUCGUGCCCUUCUUCAAGAUGUAUGAAGGACAUCCGUCUAACAGCAGGAGCUUCUUGACGCCUGAGGCUGCGCCUUCUGCCUCACCUCAGGGCGUAAGCGUCCAACUGACUAACGUCACUACCGCCUCCUUAUUCUGGUCUCCUCCUCCGCCUCUCCACCGAAAUGGCAUUAUUACCGACUAUCAGAUUGACAUGGUGACCUCGUCAGGAGAGGUGUUCCUGUCGAAGACGGUGAACGGAACGGUGACAUCGCUGAGAGUCCACAAUCUCACCUUGGGGAACUCUUAUCACCUUACUUUGGCCGCAUCCACUUCGGCAGGAAGAGGUCCCUUCACUCCUCCCAUCUCACUCCACGUGGAUCCGGUUUUGCUUCAUCCUUUGGCGAAGAGUGGAACGUCCUUAGCCUCUCUGGACGGAGAGGUAUGGGUCAUCGGCAUGAUAGGAGGGGCGGUCUUCUGCGUGCUCCUGGGAUGCGUGGCCACGCUGCUCAUAUGGAGGCGACAUGCCAGGAAUAAGGCCCUCUCGCACGUUGCGGUCUCUGUGCAGAAGGUGGAUAAUCUGGGCUUUGGAUUAGUGAGCGGAGACAGUGGAUUAUGGCAAGAUUAUGCAGGCUGGCAACUGGAAAAGCUUUGCGCCAAUUCUGACAGUGCCAUGGGCGGCACUAGUGGCACCAGGACAACUACGGAGAAUGACGUCAAGGUAAUGAACACGUCGGAGAGCGUUGUGGAAUGUGAUAACGCGGCCCCUAGGAGCUUGGUUACUUUUUACAGGGGCCCCACAACGACAGAGGGCCCCUACGCCACCACGGCCCUCCUAGGACCCCAUUCUCUUCCCCACCAGCCCGUAAAGUCACCGAAAGAUGCCCAUCGGGCAUCCGACGGCGGAGCCAGCGAGCAAUUAAGCUUAGGUCACCCGAAGAACCAGUCUGACCGGUAUUUUAUACAGACUGGACGAAAACUCUACGACGCGUAA